AUGGACUCCACCCAGUUCGACAAAAUGUUUUCUCAAGCCGACCAGAUCAUGGGGCCGUUCGCAGAAAUACUCCUUCGACAAGCUAAUUUUCCACCCGUGGGCGAUUCCCGCCUUAUUGUCCUCGACCAGGCAUGCGGAAGCGGUGUCGUUUCCACCCACAUCAUGUCACGGCUCUCCCCGGAAGAGAAGUCUAGGCUUGACCUCACAUGCGCAGACAUUUCCGAUGCAAUGAUAUCCAAUGUAUCACGGCGCAUUGAGACCUUGGGCUGGGACAGUGUGUCUGCCGUAAAAGCUGAUGCUAUGGAUACCAAAUUUCCCUCCUCUCAGUUCACGCAUAUCUUCUUCAACUUCGGUCCACAGAUCCUGCCCAAUCCCCUCGCCGGCAUCAGGGAAUGUCACCGCAUUCUGCAGCCGGGUGGCACCCUGAGCCUCAGUGCCUGGCAAGACGUCCCGUGGUUUGCAGACUACCGUGCAGGUAUCGCGACGGAUCCCUCAUUGCCGUCAUUUCCACAGGACGAACAACUUCGACACGCAUUCUCUGAGACACCUGAACGCUGGGAUAGCGUCGAAGAGGUCCAGGCACAUCUGGAGAAGUGUGGCUUUCGUGACGUCGAGGCCCAGGUUGUGGAGAACACCACGAAGAUGGCCGUCGCAGAUGUGGAGGCCAUGUUGCCGUUCUCGCUGGACAUGAUGGUUCAGAAAUUCUGGAAGGAGAAGUUCGCGGACACGAGGGAUGGGCUCGAGCAGGCCAAAGGACCCGCACGGCGAGCCAUCUUGGAUUAUGUGAGGGAGAAGUAUGGAUCCGAUCCAGUUGUGUGGAGGUGGGUGGGCGUCGUCGCCAGUGCACGGAAAGGCUAA